UCUGAGUGAAACGUGCAGAGUUCCAUUCCAGGGCACUCCACCAACUACUGAACAGGGGACAAGAUGUGCAUUGAUUUCGCCCCUGUUAGGAUCCCGUUACGCCGUCGCUUGCAGACGCUUGCAGUCCUGCAGUGGGUGUUUUCAUUCCUUUGUCUGGCACAAUGCUGCGCUGUGCUCUUCGUCACCCUCUUCUUUACUCGCUUCUGGUUCGUGUCCGUACUGUACGCCACGUGGUGGUUCUGGGACCGGAACACGCCUUGCCAGGGAGGUCGUAGAUUCCACUACCUCCGCAGCCUGAAACUAUGGGGCUACUUUUGCGACUACUUUCCUGUUCACCUGGUCAAGACGGCAGACCUGGACCCGAAGAAGAAUUACAUCUUUGGGUUUCAUCCGCACGGUGUUCUGGUGGCGGGGGCCUUUGCUAACUUCUGCACGGAGCGGACUGGUUUCCAGACCAUCUACCCUGGGCUGAAGCCCCACAUGCUGAUGCUGCCCAUUUGGUUCAGAGUCCCGUUCUUCAGGGACUACAUCAUGAGUGGCGGUUUGGUGCCAUCUGAUAAGGAGAGUGCCAAGUAUUUACUGAGGAGAAAGGAGGGUGGUAAUGUGGCGGUCAUAGCCAUUGGAGGUGCCCCAGAAGCGUUAGAUGCCAGGCCAGGUGCAUUCACACUUCAGCUAAAGGAGAGGAAGGGCUUUAUCAAACUUGCUCUGCAGUUUGGGGCCACUCUUGUUCCUGUGUUCUCAUUCGGGGAGAAUGAAGUGUUUGACCAGGUGAAGAACCCCAAGGGAUCGGUCCUAAGGAGAGUCCAGGACCGACUGCAGAAGCUGAUGGGGAUAUCACUCCCUCUUUUCCAUGCCCGAGGUGUUUUCCAGUACAGCUUUGGACUCAUCCCGUAUCGGAAACCCAUCCACACUGUAGUUGGCAGACCGAUAGAGGUGGAGAAAAGGGAAAGUCCAACGCAAAAGGACAUUGAUGUAUUACAUCAGAAAUACAUCGAGGAACUCUCCAAACUCUUCGAGGAGCAUAAAACACAGUACGGGGUGUCUAAGGACAAACACUUAAUGUUCACCUAAGUCUUUUCAAUAUGCUCUUCUCUUGCUUCUCUCUUUAUAUCCUCUUCUCUUCCCUCAGCUUGUCUUCCUCACUUGCCUUCUUUAUCUCUUUCUCUCACUCUCUCUACCCCUUCCUCUUGCUUUCUUCCAUCUUCUCACUCUGUCUUGAUCUCUCCCACUUUCCCUCAACACUCCAUCUCUCUUUUCCUCUCUUGCAUUUCCUCCCUCCCUCUCUCUUCAUCCCUCUUUCUCUCUCUUUCACACACAGACACAAACUCACACACAAACACAUAUACUAACACAUCACAGAUUCACACACAUGCCACACACAUGCAGAUGUACAUACCUGCCACACACAGGCAUACACACACACACACACACACACACACACACACACACACACA